UUUAAGCAGAUUUCCCAAGCUUACGAAGUACUGUCGGACCCGAAGAAGAGGGACCUGUAUGACAAAGGAGGCGAGCAGGCCAUCAAAGAGGGUGGCUCUGGUGGUGGUUUCGGGUCACCCAUGGACAUAUUCGAUAUGUUCUUUGGCGGCGGUGGGAGGAUGCAGAGAGAGAGACGAGGCAAAAAUGUGGUUCAUCAGUUGUCAGUAAGUUUAGAAGAUAUGUACAAUGGUGCAACAAGGAAACUUGCACUGCAGAAGAAUGUUAUCUGUGACAAAUGUGAAGGUCGUGGUGGUAAGAAAGGUGCGGUAGAAUGCUGUCCUAAUUGCAGAGGAACAGGCAUGCAGAUCAGAAUUCACCAGAUUGGGCCAGGAAUGGUGCAACAAAUCCAGUCCGUGUGUAUGGAGUGUCAGGGGCACGGGGAGCGUAUCAGCCCCAAGGACCGAUGUAAGAGCUGCACUGGCAGAAAAAUUGUUAGAGAGAAGAAGAUACUAGAAGUUCACAUUGACAAAGGAAUGAAGGAUGGUCAGAAAAUAACAUUCCAUGGUGAAGGGGACCAAGAGCCAGGACUAGAGCCAGGGGAUAUUAUUAUUGUCUUGGAUCAAAAAGACCACUCUGUAUUUACAAGACGAGAUGAAGACCUUCUUAUGUCUAUGGAUAUUCAACUGGUUGAAGCUCUAUGUGGCUUUCAAAAGCCUAUCACAACGCUGGAUAAUAGAACUAUUAUUAUUACCUCCCAUCCUGGCCAGGUUGUGAAGCAUGGGGCUAUUAAGUGUGUGUUGAAUGAAGGUAUGCCAAUUUAUCGCAGACCGUAUGAAAAAGGACGCCUGAUCAUAGAAUUCAGG